UGGAACAAAGCUCUUGGCACAGCCAGACUCACACGCAUUCAAUACGCACACUGUGCUCGUGAGGAAUUCCUCUUCAAGAACAGAUCCUUCCACAUCCUCCGCCUCAAUCUCCAUCCAGGUAUUCCAGCCGGUCCUGUUGAGAGGAGCACCCCCAUCAUGGCACAUGGGAGCUUGGCCUGCCGUCUCUCUGCUCUACUGGGGCUUCUCCUGACCCCUUCUCUGGGGUUGGAACCUCCACGGAUCUCCUUCCCCCUCGGUUAGUAGAACAUUUGGUGAAUUAUUGUUUUUUCAUGUCCAUUUACUAGGAUUUGGGUUUUCAUGUAUUUGCAUGUGUGUGUGUGUGAAUCUAGCAAAUAUGUAACUCUAGCAUUCAGGCAAGUCAGAUAAUAUUAUUUCACGUUUAUUUCAUGUAAAUAUAUAAUUUGUCAGGAUAUAAUAUGACCAAAACACUUUCUCAUGUUGAACCGCUGAGACAUGUUGCAACUUGGCAUAGAAAACAUGCUUAUUAGCUACCUUUUUGGGUAAAUUGCUAUCUGGCUCCUCUGCAAAUCAUUCAGCUUGUGGCUGUAUGCACUUCAUUUGAGUUUCAGUUUGUGCCUCUUCCGCUAAACCUAAAGAAACAACAGUGGCAUGAAACACGAUGGCACAAUAGACACCAAGGCACAUAACCUAAGCCAGGGGUUCCAAAACUCUUUCACUCAGGCCCCCCUUCCAGCAUUGGAGAACAUCCCCCUCCCCCUGCACGCAUCUGCGCCACGUCUAUUUAUAUGAGCACAAGCACUGUUAAUGACACAAACUGUUCACAUCUCUUUUGUUGGUGGAGAGAACAUUUUGCAUGUUUAAAGCUCAUUUCCUGCAAUUCUACACAUUUUGUCAUGGGGUGCAGAGAAAAUGUUGCAGUUUUAAUGCUACAUUUCUUGCAAUUCUAUAGAUUUUGCCUUGUCUAAUGUAUAUUUAAAUGACCCAAACAUUACAACAAAAUCUAUGGGCUAAAAAACCUAGCAAAAAAAACUUUUGCUGACAUAGGCUAGUUGAUAACUAAUAAUGUAAGCUUACUGUGUCCAUAAUAAGUAUAUCGUUUGUAGGUUUGGAGCUUUUGUGAAAGACAGGCUAGUUCAGGGGUGUCAAACUCAUUUUAGCUCAGGGGCCACAUGGAGGAAAAUCUAUUCCCAAGUGGGCCGGACCGGAAAAAUCAUGGUAUAUAUAACUUAAAAACAACAACUUCAGAUUGUUUUCUUUGUUUUAAUACGAUCAACAUACAACAUAAAGCUGGAGUCUGAGGACAGUGUGUCCAAAAUAGUACAAGCACAACAUCACUAUUAAUCAUAAAACACGUCAAGUUUAUUUGAAAGUUCUGAGGACAAAGAACACACAAACACACAAUGCCUCAGUGAUUCACAGAAGUAUAUCACAGAUCACAGAACUAUAUCAGGGUGUCAUUUCUCAGGCAGAAAUGUAGAUAAAAGUAAUGAAAUCCUGUUCCCCAAACAAGUGCAAGAACCACAGAGUCAAGAAUAGGUUAAAUAUACAAAUAAAAUAAAAUCAAUUAAAAACAAUAGCACAUCAACAUAAAAACAUAUAAACAUAAAGCUGGAGCCUGAGGACAGUGUCCAAAAGCACAACAUCACUAUUAAUCAUAAAACACCUCAAGUUAUUUGAAAGUUCUGAGGACAAAGAACACACAAACACACAAUGCCUCAGUGAUUAACAGAACUGUUUCACAGAUCACAGAACUAUAUCAGGGUGUCAUUUCUCAGGCAGAAAUGUAGAUAAAAAUAAUGAAAUCCUGUUCCCCAAACAAGUGCAAGAACCACAGUCAAGAAUAGGUUAAAUAUACAAAUAAAAUAAAUUCUAUUAAAAACAAUAGCACAUCAACAUAAAAACAUAUAAACAUAAAUCUGAAAGCGUUGCUCAAACUCCCGUAACAGUCCCGUUAUUUUAUCUUUGAACCGCUUCAUGUCUGCCACAUGUUGGGUCGCGCACACAUUUUUCAGACAGGGGAAGUGAGCUGCAUCACCACCGGCAAGUUGCGUCUCCCACAAUGACAGCUUCAACUUGAAAGAACGUAUGCUGUCAUAAUACUGCGUGACAACUUUGUUGCGCCCUUGCAGCUGUUUGUUGAAGUUAUUCAGGUGCUCUGUAACAUCCACCAUAAAUGCAAGGUCCUGCAUCCAUUCUGCGGAAUGAAAUUCUAACACUGGUUUGCCCUUUUCUUCCAUGAACUGUUCAAUUUCUUCUCGUAAAUCAAAGAAACGCCUCAGCACAGCACCUCGGCUUAACCAUUUUACCUCGGUGUGGUAUGGCAGGCCAUAGAUGUGGUCUUUCUCUCUGAGAAGGCUGUCAAACUGACGGUGAUUCUGGAUCGGAUGAAAUUAACAGUUUGGAUGACCACCUUCAUGACGUUAUCCAUCUUUAAUGACUUGCAACACAAAGCCUCCUGGUGCAAAAUACAGUGAAAAGUCAAAAAAUCACGUCCUCCAUUUGCAGAUUGCACUUUCUCUCUGAACUUUGUCACAACGCCUGCUUUUUUCCCGAUCAUUGAGGGCGCACCAUCUGUAGCCAGGCUGACAGCGCGGGACCAGUCCACUCCGACCCUGUCCAGCGCGCCGACGAGUGCGGUAAAAAUAUCAGCUGCUGUCGUUGUAUCUGUCAUCGGCACCAACUCCACGAACUCCUCAGUGACGGUCAAUGUGUCAUCAACUCCGCGGAUGAAAAUGGCCAGUUGUGCAACAUCUGUAAUGUCCGUGCUUUCAUCAAUUGCAACCGAAAACGCAAUAAAUGACUUUACUUUUUGCUUCAACUGGCUGUCUAAAUCCACUGAAAGAUCGGAAAUCCUGUCUGCAACUGUGUUUCUUGUCAGGCUGAUAUUUGCAAAAGCCUGCCGCUUUUCAGGGCACACAAUCUCCGCUGCCUUCAUCAUGCAUGUUUUUACAAAUUCACCCUCACUAAAUGGUUUUGAAGCCACUGCGAUUUCAUUAGCAAUGAGGUAGCUAGCUUUCACUGCAGCGUCACUGAUGUCUCGGCUGUGAGUAAACACAGACUGCUGUUUCUUCAGACCCGCCAACAGUUCAUUCACCUUCUCAUCUCCGCUGUCCUUGAAAGUUGUCAUAUUUGUCGGCAUGAAGACUCACAUAGUGGCGACGAAGGUUAUAUUCUUUCAGCACUGCAACAUGCUCUGAACACACCAAACAUACAGCUUUCCCAUUCAAUUCCGUGAAUAAAUAGGAUGACCAUUUUUCUUGGAACACUCUGUACUCUGCGUCCACUUUUCUCUUUUUUGACAGAGACAUAUUGGGGCAAUGAGGGUGCCAAAGCACAUAAUGUUAAAAGUAGAAGCCGUAAUAAAUAUCGCGGGCAAAACAAAGUAGCUCAUUGGCUGCACGUGCUUGACCUACUUGCUCUGCCCCGGUAUAAACAGUUUGCUUGCUUAACACAAUUGCUAUUGCGCCAUCCAGCGGACGCAAUUGGAACAGCAGUUUAUUUUAUUGAAAAAUUGCAGCGCAUUUUUAUACUUUUUUUUUUUAAUCAUCUCGCGGGCCGGAUUAAACCCGUUUGCGGGCCUGAUCCGGCCCGCGGCCUGGACGUUUGACACCCCUGGGCUAGUUGAUCUGGACAUUUCUGACAAGCUAUAAAUAGCUCUCUAAGGUAUGCAACGACUGACAUGAUGAGGAAAACUGAUUAUGCGCUACCCAAUUUCGAAAUGUCACCUUGUGCAUUCUACUAUUACAACUUUCAAGAGGAAGUUGAAAGCCAGACCCCCGCGAUGAUAGAUUCAAGACGAUAGAUUCAAAGGCCAAACCACUCAAAAUCGAAAAUUAAACUGUGCACAGCGCUACAUGUUCAAAAGUGAAACCACAUAGUCUGAUGAGUAACUCAUCCGUUUUGGCCUUUGAAUCUAUCAUCGGCAUACGUACUGUAUAUAUAUAUAUAUAUAUAUACAGUACGUAUGCCGUUUUACAAUGGUUGUGGUACAAAGAGAUGAGAAUAUUUGCUAACUCUCACAGUCUAAAAGUGAGCACUAGCUGCUAUAGUAUGGAACCCCAUUAUAACUUCUUAGCUGUGGUGGCUGCUGGUGGUGGUGGGGGGCGGGGAAUUCGAAGGAAAGGCUUAUUGAAUGAAUGGAAGGGUAUCAAACACAAUUUAUGAAGAAUGUAUCAAUGUCCACACAGGUCCGGUAUUAACUGGUGGUCCACACAAUAAACAUACAUCCUAAUCAUAACAUUUUUAUUUGCCUUUCCUUUCAGAAAGCCCAGAGAGACCCCUUCCCUUUUUCAGCAACCCAGACAUUAGAAACACCACCACACUGUUGCUAAGCGACGACGGCUCCACUCUGUUCGUAGGGGCACGAGAUGCUGUGCUCUCAUUGGAUGUCAGCCAGCCUGAUGUCAUUACCAUGAAGACUAAAGUAGGCACAUUAGAGCGGAAGAGGGAGCUAUCUAUAUUUCAUCAGAGAAGUUUAUAAAAGGUUCCAACAGUCUUAUUAAUAUUCUCUCUGUCUGUUUCUCCUAUAGAUGGAAUGGAAGCCAUCUCCAUUGGACCUACACACGUGUACCAGUAAGGGCAAGAAAAACACGGUAUUCAUUGUGGUCCUCAUGCACUUAAAUGCACGCACUUGCCUUCACAAGAAACCAUGGGAACCACUCUCACCUCUUUGAUAUCUGCCUAUGUACUUAUUUUCCUCAGACGGACUGUCCCAACUUUGUGCGAGUGCUGCAACCCAUCAAUGCCACCCACUUGUAUGCCUGUGGAACAUUUGCAUACAACCCUCAUGAUACCUAUAUUGUAAGACACUCUCCUAAUGCCUUCUGUUCUUCUCCUUCACGUCAUAUUUGGAUAGACUCUGAGUAUUCAUAUGAUAAUGAAACCUAUAGCACACUUUUAAUGACCCUUCUCUCUUUUUUCCACUUAUGGUCCUAUAAUUCCUCCCCUCUCUCCCUCUCUCAAUGUGUUUGUCUCUCUCCUUUCUCUCUCAUUCGCUCAGGACAAAGACACUCUUACCAUGGCCAAAGUCCCCAGUAAAUACAAUGAAGCAAGAGGUCGCUGCCCGUUCAACCCAUAUCAAAGAAAUACAGCCAUCUCUGUUGGUGAGAUGGACAAUUGUGGAGAGCCAAUUGUAGCUGAAUUAGUGGGCUGCCUUGGUGACGAAGCCACAUGAUAAUUGCCAAGAAGACACCAACACUUCCCAAAAAAUGCUGUAUUUUGUUCUUGUCACUCAGAUACAGUGAGGGAAAGAAAUGUAUUUGAUCCCCUGCUGAUUUUGUACGUUUGCCCACUGACAAAGACAUGAUCAGUCUAUAAUUUUAAUGGUAGGUUUAUUUGAACAGUGAGAGACAGAAUAACAACAACAAAAUCCAGAAAAACGCAUGUCAAAAAUGUUAUAAAUUGAUUUGCAUUUUAAUGAGGGAAAUAAGUAUUUGACCCCUCUGCAAAACAUGACUUAAUACUUGGUGGCAAAUCCCUUGUUGGCAAUCACAGAGGUCAGACGUUUCUUGUAGUUGGCCACCAGGUUUGCACACAUCUCAGGAGGGAUUUUGUUCCACUCCUCUUUGCAGAUCUUCUCCAAGUCAUUAGGGUUUCGAGGCUGACGUUUGGCAACUCGAACCUUCAGCUCCCUCCACAGCUAUUCUAUGGGAUUAAGGUCUGGAGACUGGCUAGGCCACCCCAGGACCUUAAUGUGCUUCUUCUUGAGCCACUCCUUUGUUGCCUUGGCCGUGUGUUUUGGGUCAUUGUCAUGCUGGAAUACCCAUCCACGACCCAUUUUCAAUGCCCUGGCUGAGGGAAGGAGGUUCUCACCCAAGAUUUUACGGUACAUGGCUCCGUCCGUCAUCCCUUUGAUGCGGUGAAGUUGUCCUGUCCCCUUAGCAGAAAAACACCCCCAAAGCAUAAUGUUUCCACCUCCAUGUUUGACGGUGGGGAUGGUGUUCUUGAGGUCAUAGGCAGCAUUCCUCCUCCUCCAAACACGGCGAGUUGAGUUGAUGCCAAAGAGCUCGAUUUUGGUCUCAUCUGACCACAACACUUUCACCCAGUUCUCCUCUGAAUCAUUCAGAUGUUCAUUGGCAAACAUCAGACGGGCCUGUAUAUGUGCUUUCUUGAGCAGGGGGACCUUGCGGGCGCUGCAGGAUUUCAGUCCUUCACGGCUUAGUGUGUUACCAAUUGUUUUCUUGGUGACUAUGGUCCCAGCUGCCUUGAGAUCAUUGACAAGAUCCUCCCGUGUAGUUCUGGGCUGAUUCCUCACCAUUCUCAUGAUCAUUGCAACUCCACGAGGUGAGAUCUUGCAUGGAGCCCCCGGCCAAGGGAGAUUGACAGUUCUUUUGUGUUUCUUCCAUUUGCGAAUAAUCGCACCAACUGUUGUCACCUUCUCACCAAGCUGCUUGGCGGCGAUGGUCUUGUAGCCCAUUCCAGCCUUGUGUAGGUCUACAAUCUUGUCCCUGACAUCCUUGGAGAGCUCUUUGGUCUUGGCCAUGAUGGAGAGUUUGGAAUCUGAUUGAUUGAUUACUUCUGUGGACAGGUGUUUUUUAUACAGGUAACAAACUGAGAUUAGGAGCACUCCCUUUAAGAGUGUGCUCCUAAUCUCAGCUCGUUACCUGUAUAAAAGACACCUGGGAGCCAGAAAUCUUUCUGAUUGAGAGGGGUCAAAUACUUAUUUCCCUCAUUAAAAUGCAAAUCAAUUUUAUAACAUUUUUGACAUGCGUUUUUCUGGAUUUUUUGUUGUUGUUAUUCUGUCUCUCACUGUUCAAAUAAACCUACCAUUAAAAUUAUAGACUAAUCAUUUCUUUGUCAGUGGGCAAACGUACAAAAUCAGCAGGGGAUCAAAUACUUUUUUCCCUCACUGUACCUCAAUUUUUAACAUGUUUCUCUCUAGAUGGUGAGCUUUUCACAGCCACUACAAAUGACUUCAUGGGUAAGACACCAAUGGUCUCCCGCCAUCUCAGUAAAGAUGGUCGCCCAGAUGUUAGCCAGGAUACCUCAGUGAACUUGGAUGGUGAGUGGUCUUCAACAAAUAGAGAUCAAUAGUAUUGACAUAUUUUUGUUGGCACUUACUCCACCAUUGCUCGUUGGCCAAAGCAUAUGGGGUAAUGAAGGAGGGUUUUUGGAUAAACACCGAAGAUAAGGUCUGUGAUAACCCACAUGAAAAAAUUAUAUAGUAUACUAUGGUAUAUGUACAUACUAGAGUAUUCACUGUAGUGUUUUUGCGGACUUAAAUGUAGUAUUCACUGUAUUGUUUUUCCGGAUUUAAAUGUAGUAUUCACUGUAGUGUUUUUGUGGACUAAAGUCAGCAGUGAAUAUUGUAGUAUUUACUGUAGUAUUUACAGUUAACUAUAGUAUAAAUACUGUAGUAAAAGAAAACUGUAGUAUAUACUAUAGUGAUUCAUGUAGCGUUUUUAAUGUAGUAUACUGUUGUAUUUACUAUACUGUUUUUGCAGACUGUAGUAUACUGUAGUAUUUACUGUAGCAUUUUUGCAGACAUUAUUGUAGUAUUUACUAUAGUGUUUUUGUUUUAUCUUUGACAUAGAAGUGCAGGCUUUCUCCUUGAGGAAACCUACUGGAGAAAUACUAAAAGAGCACAUUUUCCAUAGCCUGUCAGUAGGUAGGACUGGGGUCUGAACAGAUAGUUCAGAGCUUCUGCUCUUUUCUAUAACCUGUAGGGAACACAAUAUAUUGGCAUGUUGGUUUUUACUUAUGGGUGGCACAAAAUGGGAUAUGGGGAAGGGAAUGGAGAUAUGCUAAUUUAAUACUGUAGUAUUUACUAUAGUUUAAAAAAGUGUCGUGUUUUUGCGGAUACUACUGUAGUAUUUACUAUAGUAUUCUACAGUAUACUACAACAUUCUAUAGUAAGCACUACACGAUUGUGGGAUACUACAGUGUGUAGUAUAGUAUUCUACAGUAUAUUAUAGUUUACUAUAGAUUUCUAUAGUAAGGACUGUAGUAUUCUAUAGUAAACUGUAGUAUUUUUUCAUGUGGGUAAACACAGGCUUAGGAGAUCUUAUAUGUUUUGUUCUAUAAGAUAAUCUUCAUCAGCUAACGUCACUUUUUGUGAAUUUUGAAUAAUUUAUAAAGGUUUCAUAAUUCAGUAUGAAAAUGUAUGCACUCACUAACUGUAAGUCGCUCUGGAUAAGAGCGUCUGCUAAAUGACUAAAAUGUAAAAAUAAAUAAAAAAUAAAGGUAAUGUUAACUGACUGAUAUUAUCUCAUAGAACAAAACUUAUAAGAUAUCCUAAGCAUGUGAUAACCUCAGACCUUAAUUUCUAAGUUUAUCCCAAAACCCCAUUCUUUCCCAAUUAAUUUCCCCCAUAGGAAUGGCCGAAUGUACCAGAGGUAACUUAUUUCCAAUUUUUAGGACUACAGGCUGUGCUGAUGUUGCUUCCAGAGGCAGUUUGGAACUCGUUGUGAGUGUUGCAACCGAGGACAGACGAUUUUUACGCGAUAUGCGCUUCAGCACUCAGCGGUCCUGUUCUGUGAGCUUGUGUGGCCUAUCACUUCGCAGCCAUUGUUGCUCCUAAACGUUUCCACUUCACAAUAACAGCACUGACCGGGGCAGCUCUAGCAGGGCAGAAAUUUGACAAAAUGACUUGUUGUAAUGUUGGCAUCCUAUGACGGUGCCAUGUUGAAAGUCACUGAGCUCUUCAGUAUGGGCCACUACUGCCAAUGUUUGUCUAUAGAGAUUGCAUUGCUGUGUGCUGAAAUAGCUGAAUCCACUAAUUUGAUGGUGUGUCCACAUACUUUUGGCCAUGUAGUGUAUCUCCUAUCUGUGCUUGAAUAGGAUGUGGUCUUAGAUGUUUGUGUAAUUUACUUUAUUUCAGAGCCCACUUUCGUCAGUUCCGCAUCUGACACCAGCGAGGGGAAGGUGUACUUCUUCUUCAGUGAAGUGGGAAAUGAGUACAGCUUCCUGGAUGAGAUCAAAGUAUCGCGGGUAGCCCAGGUCUGCAAGGUAAGUAACAGGAUGGGGCUUCGAUUCCAUUUAAUAUAGGAGAAAUCAACAUAAAUCCAGUUAAUGAAUUGGGAAACAAAUCCUCAUUGAAUAUAAUGUGUUAACUUCUCCAAUUAAUGAAUUGAAAUUAAAUUAAUUACCUGAAUUGAUAGAGUAGGAUUUGCCCCCUAAGCCUGAUGAAUGGUAGGCCAAUGUCCCUCCCCAUUCUACUAUAGCUGAUCAACAUUCAUGCACAGAUUUACUGAGUAGGAUAUGAGAACCCUCUUGAGAUGCAACUUCUCUUUUUCACAAGCCAGAAAUGUUACUGCUUCCUCUGACAGGAGAGUAUUUACAGUGCCUUCAGAAAGUAUUCAUUCACCUUGACUUAGUCCACAUUUUGUUGUGUUAUAGCCUGAAUAAAAAAUGGAUUAAAUGAUUAUUUUUUCUCACCCAUCUACACACAUUACCCCAUAAUGACAAAGCAAAAACUGGUUUUGGACAUUUUUGCGAAUGGAAAUAUUAAAAUGGAAAUAUUACAUUUACAUAAGUAUUCAUACCCUUUACUCAGUACUUUGUUGAAGCACCUUUGGCAGCGAUUACAGCCUUGAGUCUUCUUGGGGAUGACGCUACAAGCUUGGCACACCUGUAUUUGGAGAGUUUCUCCCAUUCUUCUCUGCAGAUCCUCUCUAGCUCUGUCAGGUUGGAUGGGGAGCGUUGCUGCACAGCUAUUUUCAGGUCUCUCCAGAGAUGUUCGAUCAGGUUUAAGUCCGGGCUCUGGCUGGGUCCACUCAAGGACAUUCAGAGACUUGUCCCGAAGCCACUCCUGCGUUGGCUUGGCUGUGUGCUUAGGGUUGUUGUCCUGUUGGAAGGUGAACCUUCGCCUUAGUCUGAGGUCCUGAGAGCUCUGGAACAGGUUUUCAUCAAGGAUUUCUCUGUACUUUGCUCCAUUAAUCUUUGCCUUGAUCCUGACUAGUCUCCCGGUCCCUGCCACUGAAAAACAUCGCCACAGCAUGAUUCUGCCACCACCAUGCUUCACUGUAGGGAUGGUGCCAGGUUUCCUCCAGACGUGACGCUUGGCAUUCAGGCCAAAGAGUUCAAUCUUGGUUUCAUCAGACCAGAGAAUAUUGUUUCUCAUGGUCUGAGAGUCUUUAGGUGCCUUUUGGCACGGGCUGUCAAGUGCCUUUUACUGAGGUGUGGCUUCCAUCUGGCCACUCUACCAUAAAGGCCUGAUUGGUGGAGUGCUGCAGAGAUGGUUGUCCUUCUGGAAGGUUCCACAGAGGAACUCUGGAAAUCUGUCAGAGUGACCAUCGGGUUCUUGGUCGCCUCCCUGACCAAGGCCCUUCUCCCCCGAUUGCUCAGUUUGGCCGGGCGGCCAGCUUUAGGAAGAGUCUUUGGUGGUUCCAAACUUCUUCCAUUUAAGAAUGAUGGAGGCCACUGUGUUCUGGGACCUUCAAUGCUGCAGAACUUUUUUGGAACCAUUCCCAAGAUCUGUUCCUCGACACAAUCCUGUCUCGGCGCUCUACAGACAAUUCCUUCGACCUCAUGGCUUGGUUUUUGCUCUGACAUGCACUGUCAACCGUGGGACCUUAUAUAGACAAGUGUGUGCCUUUCCAAAUCAUGCCCAAUCAAUUGAAUUUACCACAGGUGGACUCCAAUCAAGUUGUAGAAACAUCUCAAGGAUGAUCAAUGGAAACAGGAUGCACCUGAGCUCAAUUUCGAGUCUCAUAGCAAAGGGUCUGAAUAAUUAUGGAAAUAAGGAAUUUCUGUUUUUAAACCUGUUUUCACUUUGUCAUUAUGAGGCAUUAUGUGUAGAUUGCUGAGGAUUUGUAUUUAUUUAAUCCAUUUUAGAAUAAGGCUGUAACGUAACAAAAUGUGGGAAAAGUCAAGGGGUCUGAAUACUUUCCGAAGGCACUGUAUGUCAUGAUUAUUACUAAACAAAUAUGUUGUCCUUGGGUGUGUCAGGAUGACAUUGGGGGAGAGCGCAUCCUGCAGAAACGCUGGACUUCCUUCGCUAAGGCCGAACUUCUCUGUCAGCCUCCCAAAGAGCUGCCUUUCAAUAUCAUGCAGGAUGUGUUCACCCUCGCUCCAUCAGAGGGCUACCCCACACAAGAUAUUAUUUUCUAUGGUAUCUUCACAUCCCAAUGGUGAGCGAGAGCAUGCAAAAGUUUCUCUGCAUAUGUGAGAUGAGAUGUCUGGAGGUCUAAUGAGAUGACCAAACAAUUGUGCCAAUAUUUGGGUUAACUUUCUCACAAAAGAGUUGUUUAAAUAUUUUUCUUCCCCCUCUUUCACAUCUCUCUUUCCUGCUGGCUUCCUAACCUCUGUCUAUCUCUCUUCUCUCCCCUUCCACUCCCAGGUCAGUGGCUUCAGGGCAGUCUGCUGUGUGUGCCUUUCGGCUUGGGGACAUCAAGGAUGUGUUUGCUGGGAAUUACAAGAUAUUCCAAAACCACCAAUGGAGUUCUCACACUGACAAGAGUAGCAACCUGGGCAAGGUGUGGAUGGGCCAUUCCUAUACUGUAGAAGUAUACACUGAGUAUACCAAACCUUAAGAACACCUUCCUAAUAUUGAGUUGCACCCCCCCCAUCCCCCCCGCUUUUGCCCUCAGAACAGCCUCAAUUCGUUGGGGCGGGGCAAGUACUCUACAAGGUGUCGAAGCGUUCCACAGGUUCCACAGAUUUAACAAGUGACAUCAAUUAGGGAUCAUACCUUUCACCUGGAUUCACCUCGUCAGUCUGUCAUGGAAAGAGCAGAUGUUCUUAAUGUUUUGUAUACUCAGUGUAGAUUAGGGUAUAUGGGCAGGGUUGUGAACAAUGUCCUUUCUAAGGAUCCAUUCUCAUGGCUUACCAAAUUUUUUGCGGAGUGGCUAUAAUAGAUUUAUAUAGUUGUAGAUUUAUGGACUUGUGCAAUUAGCCUAAUGACCAAAUCCUCUUUACCCCCUGUGUUUCCUGUGUGGCAAUUGUAAUAACUGAGUUUAUGGGCCUUUUGUUGUCAGUGUGGGUUGGACAAUGCCCCAGACACCACUCUAAUGGCAGUCAAGGAAAGUUUCCUAGCCAGUGGAAGUGUGCGUCCGAUGGGCAGAGUACCAGUCCUCAUCUCCCCUGACCAGCGCUACAGUCGGGUAUCUGCACUACGGACACAAGCGGCCAAUGGACAGGACUACACCAUACUCUUCCUUCUUACUGGUGUGUCAUAGUUAUUUUCAAUCUGGACAUUGCUCUUCAAUCUUGGUCUGUCAACUACUGUCCAAUUGCUCAUGUGGUGAUACGACUCCCAUCCCAAAUUUUAUGGCAGAUUAUUUUGUCACAGCACAUUUUAUUUUGGUUGCAACUUUUGUGUUUCACUCUUCUCUUGGUCAGAGUCUGGGAUUCUCCACAAAGCUGUGCUGUUGAACAAGGAUACCCACAUCAUAGAGGAGAUCCAAGUGUUCAGACAACCACAACUGGUGAAAAACAUACUUCUCUCCACCUCCAAGGUACACAUUUGUUAAUCUUAACUUUUGUCAAUGUAUGUUUUCAAUGGGCAUUUCUCUGUAUACUGUGUACUGUGUUUGGCCUUUCAUCCACUAAAACCCUUUGAUGCCUGUUCCUCCUAUCGCAGGGUGUGCUUUAUGUGGGGACCUCUGAAGGGGUUACCCAGGUGCCUGUGUCCCAGUGCCCAUCCUAUAAGAGCUGUGCCCAGUGUGUUUUGGCACGAGACCCCCUCUGUGGCUGGGACCCUGCCAGUGGACACUGUGCCAGUGUGUCUGCCAUUCCAGCCAAUGCGUGAGUGCAACUUUAGAUCUUUAGAUUCAUCACUGGCCUCCACAUACUGCUGGUUCCCUGUGGCAUUUCCAUCCUUUAAAAAAAAUAGUGAAAUCGUUGACAUCUCAGCCUAGCACUCAUGCAUGUGUUUGUGCAUUGAAGAGAACACUGUCAAGGCACCAAUGUUAAUGGACAUCCCUCUCUCUGUCACCUACCUUUCCAUCUCUCUUUCUCUCACUUCAUCUUUGCAUUUGUGUGUGUUGUUGUUGUCAGACGGCAGGAUGUGGAGCAUGGCAACGUGACGAAGGAGUGUCAAGGUUCCCUCACAGCCAAACCUCUGCCAGGUGAUCACUACAAUCAGACACAAGUGUAUUGGGAUUAUAAAGUAAUAAAACCAGUAAUAAACCAUCAUAUUUAAGCAUUGAUUGCUCUCUAUGUAUAACUCACUAAUUUGUCUGUGCUCACGUUCUAUCCCCAGUGGAGGUAUACGCACGGCUAGAUGAAGUAGUGAGGUUGAAGUGUUCCACAUCCUCCAAUCUGGCAACCCUGAGUUGGAAGUCCACCAAAGCAAGCGCUCUGCCCCACCACCUAUUCUUUCACUAUAGAGAUGAGAGUCUGGUCUUCCUGGCCACACCUGACACCUUCGGAAUCUACCACUGCAUCUCUGUGGAGAGGGGUUAUGAGGAGACAGCAGCUAUCUACACUGUGAGACAGAGUGUCUCCCCUCGGGCCAUUGAUACUCCAGCUGUUAAAAUCCGGAUCACCACAAACAUCCAGAGGACCACAGAGACUAAAGACCAGAUGACCACCAUGAUGGAGACUCCAAGCGACACUGAGGAGAAGCUAGACCUCAUCACCUUUUGGGAGGAUCCAGUCAUCACCACAGACGUAACCACAACCAACAAGACUCCAGACAUACAGUCCAGGACUGAGAACCUAGAGGACAAGACCCCAAACACCAAGUCUAGUACUGAGAAGCCAGAGGAUAUGACCCCAGACCCCCAGUCCAGCAGUGAGAAACCAGAAGACAUUGUCAACCUCAAUGAACCCUCAACAGCCAAGAGUUACCAUAGUGAACUGGUGGCAGUAUCAUUUCUCCUGGCUGUGUGUGUUUGUGUGCUAGUGCUGGGAGGGCUCUAUGGGUGGCGCCAGCAGGGCAGAUAUAAAUCGGGCCCCUGGGACACUGCAGAAGGGGGAUACAAGGAAGAGGAGGACCCCCUGGAAUGUGAUCCCCCUGUGGGCAGCAACAAAGUCUCACCUCCCUCUAUAAAGGAAGCAGAAUGAAUGGACUCAGAGAAGAUAUCUUUCUUCAUCGAGUGUCAGUUGUUUUCAAAAGGCAUUUAAUGACAACACAUCAGCUGGAUUCGAUCUUGUUGAAGAUCUAUAAAUAAGUACAUUUUUAAAAAGUGUGUUGGGGGGGGGGGG